AGAAGGUCCGGCUUGUAUGGGAUGCAGCCGCCCAAUCCGGCGGCAAGGCCCUGAAUGACUACAUCUGGAGUGGUCCAGAUCUCCUAAACUCCCUGUUUGACCUCUUACUCUCAUUCCGAGUGGGACGAGUGGCGAUCUGUGGCGAUAUCGCCGAGAUGUUCCACCAGAUCCGAGUGAGACCAGCAGACACCCAUGCGCAAAGGUUUCUGUGGUUCGACAGCAAAUCCGAGAGGCAAGAGCCUAACGUCUAUGUUAUGGAAGCGCUUACUUUCGGAAUCAAUUGCGCACCCUGCAUUGCACACUUUAUUCGUGACAAAAAUGCAGAUCGAUUCUGCCAACAGUACCCUCAAGCAGCACAAGCCAUGAAGGACUACCACUACGUGGAUGAUUUUAUAUACAGCGGCGACAACUACGUGGAAGUCGGAAACAUCGCAACUCAAGUCAGAGACAUCCAUGCAGCAGGUGGUUUCCACAUACGCAAUUGGUCUUCGAACUCGAAGGAGGUCCUACGAAUACUAAAGAGCGAUUCGCUACUCCCCGAAGCUGUCGAAAUUACCGCAACAGAAAAGGUACUCGGCUUAUAUUGGAUGCCGAACUCCGACGUAUUCACAUUCAUCUGCAAGUUCGCCAGGCUGAAGCGCAACGUUUUAGACAGCGACAAAAUACCAACCAAACGCGAGCUCUUGCAAGUACUUAUGUCAAUAAGUCUGGAGAAGCGGCAUUGGCUGGGAUACUGGUUUGCCCGACGCAUUGUUACCCAAAUGGAUACGAUGGAAACAGAUCCUUACAACAAUCGCCGGAUUGACCAUCCCGAGAUGUUAUUUCAACAGCAGCGAUCAAAUCCAUGA